GGAGGGGUCGCGGCGGCGGCGGCGGCGGCGGCGUCAGCGGCGGCCCGGGCGGUGGGAGCCCAGGCGCCAGAGCAAGAUGGCGGCGCGAGUACUGCACGCCCGCGGAGCGGCUUGGGUCGGCGGUCUCCUGCGGCGGGCCCCCCCCUGCAGCCUCCUGCCAGUGCUCCGGAGAUUUACGUCCUCCAAUAGUAGACCUCGAGAAGACAGCUGGUUAAAAUCCUUAUUUGUCCGGAAAGUUGAUCCAAGAAAAGAUGCUCACUCUAAUCUCCUAGCCAAAAAGGAAACAAGCAGUCUAUACAAAUUACAGUUUCACAAUGUUAAACCGGAAUGCCUAGAAGCAUACAACAAAAUUUGUCAAGAGGUGUUGCCAAAGAUUCACGAAGAUAAGCAUUACCCUUGUACUUUGGUGGGGACUUGGAACACGUGGUAUGGCGAGCAAGAUCAAGCUGUCCACCUCUGGAGGUACGAAGGAGGCUAUCCAGCCCUCACAGAGGUCAUGAGUAAACUCAGAGAAAAUCAGGCAUUUGUGGAAUUCCGCAAGGCAAGAAGCAACAUGCUUCUCUCUAGGAAGAAUCAGCUGCUGUUGGAGUUCAGUUUCUGGAAUGAGCCUGUCCCACGGUCAGGACCGAAUAUAUAUGAACUCCGAUCUUACCAGCUCCGACCAGGAACUAUGAUUGAAUGGGGCAAUUACUGGGCUCGUGCAAUUCGCUUCAGACAGGAUGGUAAUGAAGCAGUUGGAGGAUUCUUCUCUCAGAUUGGGCAGCUAUAUAUGGUGCAUCAUCUUUGGGCUUACAAGGAUCUUCAGACCAGGGAAGAUAUACGGAAUGCAGCAUGGCAUAAACAUGGCUGGGAAGAAUUGGUGUAUUAUACAGUCCCACUUAUUCAGGAAAUGGAAUCCAGAAUCAUGAUCCCACUGAAGACCUCACCCCUCCAGUAAAGCUGCAGAUUUUAGAUGUGCCUACAUAAAUUUAUGUGGCAAGUAUUUGUCAUAAACUAAUUUUAAUUGUAUAUCAAGUGAAAAAGAAACACUGAAGUGUAAACUGCUGUAUAUAGCUUAUGAGAGACCUCUUUUCUUUAAAAUUUACAUAAUCACAAGAAAGGAAACUAUUAUAGUUUGAUUGUAACAGUCCUCAAAUAUACCUUAUACCAACCACCAGCCACCCCUCCCCACCCUCUGGGAAAAGAGGGCCCAAAUUAAAAUUUGAAUCCUCUCCAAAUAGGAAUCUAACCAUGAAAAAAAAAGUUAGCAAUUUCUUUAUAAAAAGCAAAUCUGUUUUAUAAUUACAGAUUUUUAGGCAAAUUUCUUGUAUCAGGAAGAAAUAUAAAUUUUGUCAUGUUACUCUAGCAGUUAUUUCUGAGUCUCAGACCAGGAACAAAUUCUGAGUGUACCCGAUACCUGAAAGUGUUUUAUUCUCUCUCCUGUUUAAUUGGUCAGCAUAGUAAAUGACAUGUCAUUACUAAGCUGGUAGUGGUUGCUAAGGUACAUUUAAUCAGUAACUCAGUCUUUACCUAGUAUAUUGUGAUGGCUCUAUAUGAGGGGAAAUAAUGUGUCAUACGUGAUUCUGAAAUGAACGCCUUGAAUAGCACUAAUUUUUAUUUGUAUAUUUUUCUAUAACAAAUUGAGUAGCAUUAAGAAAAGAGGUUUUAUUUUGUAAACAAUCAUUUGUGACCUCAGACAUUCUGUAGUUAAUAUUUUAGUAAGCUCACAGCAGAUACUUCCAAGAUUAUGUAUGAGGGGUGGUGCAUGUUGAGAUUUAAAUUGGAAUAAAGCUGCCUACUUUGUCUAGCUCUGAUUUAGUUUUUUAAUACAGUGUGCCAAUUUUGUGACUGUAAUCAUGUGCAAGUCCUGUUGAAGUGAAAAAUUAGGUCUGACCCCCAAAUUAAAGAAUUUAUGUGUAAAAUAAAGUGUGAAUAAUUCUCAUAUCAAAUGUCAAACUUUUACAUGUGAAUGGUUUUCUCCAAGAACAUAUAAAAGUCAAUAAAACAUCUUGAUUUUCACAUA